UGUUAUGGCUCUUUAGUGGCAACACUGCCUUAACAUCGGCGCAGAGUUCUUGUUUACUUGUUAAUAGGCUGGACUGAGUUCCAAAUUCUGUAAAAAUGACCCUGAUUGAUUUGCACGUUGGGAAACUUAAUCGUUUCCAGAAAAAAGUUGCUCUCAAAGUUCGUGAGGCCAGGAGAACAACCUAUGUCAACAGAUGCAAAAAGGGCAAAAGCAGAAGGCUUCAUGCCCUGGCUGUGAUGUCAGGCUACAGACGCGGCCAGCGUAGGCAGCACGAACAGACCGCCAUCUUGCACGUCGAGGGCUCCCGCACCAAGAACGACGCCGCAUUCUACGUCGGCAAGAAGUGUGCUUUUGUUUACAAGGGCCAGCGCAAGACCGGCAAGGAUGCCAAGAAGACCCGUCCUUUCCGCGCCAUCUGGGGCAAAGUGACUCGCUUGCACGGCAAUGCUGGGUCCGUCCGUGCCAAGUUCUCCACAAACCUUCCCCCCGCGGCUAUUGGCAAACGCGUCAGGAUUAUGUUGUAUCCUUCCAAGAUCUAAGCCAAUAAAGCUUAUGGA